CACGCGAGUUUUCGCGCCGAUGCUCUAUUUGCUCGCGAAGGCACUAUUUGGGGAGAUAAACCGAACCAACCGUCCCGUUCCUUUCCGUUUUACCGUUUCGCAUCAACAAGUUCACCUCCAGACUCUCUCAGUCUGUGUCUGCCACCGGGAGGGAAAUAACGGGACCGCUGCUCUCUCCUGCAUCACCAACUCACCAAAGGAGAUUUCUUUCCAUUACAUUUUUGAACAUUUUUUUAACUACAGUUAAAACCCGAAUCGGAGCGCGCAGAGAAUGAUGGCACGCAGCAUUGACCGAAACCUGGUUUCCUCGUCCAUGUUUGGAUACUUGGUUUGGCUAACGGUGGUUUCUGUUGUUCACGCUGGCGGUCGUGUGUUCCUAUUGGACCAGAGAAACACGUCUGACUCCGGCGGAUUGGCUGAGGCGGAACAUGCGUGUGCUUCCCAUGAUGCCCGGCUGGCAUCAGCCGAGGAGCUGCGUCACGCCGUGGUGGAGUGUUCCUUCUCUGCCUGCACACGAGGAUGGCUGGACGGGGGCAGCGUGGGGACUCCAGUGUGUAGUAACGUGGGCAGUGCUCUGAAGGCAGUGGAUGUGAAGAUAGAGAACGCUACAGAGGAUAACACACACCUGGAUGUCUUCUGUGUCAAAGACAAGGGUGUUCCAUGUGGAGACCCCCCUGCAUUCCCCAACACGCAUCUCCAGGGCCACACAGGGUUUGAGAUGGGGGACGAGCUGCUGUACUCCUGUCUUCCUGGUCAUGUGAUGCCCAGCGGCCACUCAGCCUUCAGCCUGCUGUGUGACAGCUGUGGAGAGUGGUAUGGACUGGUACAGCUCUGUGUAAAAGGUAAAUGUGUGUGUGUGUGUGUGCAUCAGCUGGUUUCAUGUUUCCCUGACAUCUCACCUCAGAGCUGUGACCUCUGACCACAG